GUUUUUAUUGUAUAAACCAUUUUGAACCAUGGCAGACAGAAGAGGGUCAGCAAAAGUAGGAUAUUGGAUGUGGGAUCAUUUUAAUAAUACAUUAAUGUUCAUGGGUUAUGAUCCGACUGCUCAGCAAAGAUUGAAGUCAAAGAGUACUGCUACAGAAUCUACCACCGCCAUUAAUGUAGUAGUUGAUACCACAUUUAAAGACACAUUUGGAACUGCUUCUCAAACUAGGUUUAGAAAAAUCUACGAAAGAAGAGUGAGGAUAAAUGAUCUGAAUGUAGUUAUUUUACAAGAUUGCAAAGAUGUGGCACUCUUUUCAUGCGACCCGAAACUUUUAACGUUGGAAUUUGUCAGUUUCUUUCACACCAAAGCUGUAGACAGAUUUUUGCGAUCGGCGAUUAUAUAUUUUCAAUAUUAUCUACAGGUUUGGCACAGAAUGCAGUUUCGAAGGGUGGAAGCCAGUCGCAAAUUGCGUCAACCUGUCGUAACAGAACUAGAAAACGUGAUCAGGGACGAUUUAGCUGAUCUUCGUAGUAUGCUGGCACGGGACUAUGCGGUUAUAUUAACUGGCGUAGGAGAUUCGAAAAAGUUCCAUCACAUGUAUAAUAAAAAUAAUGUUUCUUUGUCCGACAAAGACAGAAAACGGUUUGAAAUGUUCGUUAAAAUGGCUGUCAGAGUUAUAUGGAUUGCUUUAAAAAAGAAAAAUUUGACCAUUAUAGAAAAAGAACUAAACAGGCUUCUUCGAACGACCAUUUUCAGUCCGAUGGAACAUGACCAAUACAAGAUGUACCAAUUCUUACCUACACCCGAAGAAGCAAGAAUUCUGAAAGGAAAAGCUUGUACAAGCGAGAAGAAACUACUACACAGAUCUCCUCUGAUACAAGAAAUCGUUUUCGACCAGCACGAUUAUAGAAUGCUAUGUAUUGGAGUUACGGACGUCGAAGACCGUAGCGAACGCCUCGAUUAUCUAAGAAUGGCAUACACUGUACCGGAAGAACUACUCGAAGAAUUGGAAGUUGGUGUUGGCAUUUUAGGCGUUCCAAAGAAAUUCUUGGAUCCUGUUUUAAAUGAAGAAUUAAUGACGACAAGGAAACGUAGUUCUGUCAUGAAACCCGUUCCUGACUUCGUUAUGCCUCCCCAAACGCCGUAUGAUUAUUCGAAAUUGUCUGAAACUUUGCCGAAGAUAAAAUGUAAAUAUCGAGAAUCUCCAGUCGCUACUAAAGCUAGAAAAACACAAUGUAAAUUGUGGCGACAUUACGUAAAAGAUAUGCCGUCGGAAAUGGAUCAAAUACCAUCAACUAUGCUCCCAUAUAUAACCUCGUCAAAAAUUUAUGAAACAAGUUAAUAAAAUAUCAUACUGG